AUGAAAGAUAGUUGUACCUGGACAGUGCUCGUACCCAGGUGGCGGGGGGAGGGGAGAACUUCAGCUGCUCAGGAGUCCCGCAUUCUGGUGCUGGAUGAAGCAACGGCAGCCAUUGAUGUGGGCACGGAUGCGCUGAUCCAACGGACGGCCCUGGAGUAUGACACGCCAGCCAACCUGGCCCUGGAAUAUGACACGCCAGCCAACUUAUUCCUAAACGAAGAGAGCGGGUUUGCAGCAAUGGUGAGCAGCACGAGGCCUCAGAUUGCCAAGUAUCUGUGCAGUGUGGUGCUGGGGGAGGUGGCGCUAGCAGACGAGCUUGCCGGCUGGGCGGCGGCAAAGGAGAAGCAGAUGGCGCGCGAGACAGCCAAGUGGCGGUGGGCCACUGCCGCCCAGUGGGCGCUGGCUCUCACGCUCACGUCCUCACAGAGGGACUUGCAGUGCGCUCUGGCUCGCACGCUCAGUGAGCGUCGCUCAGGUCUUUCCAGAGGGAUUUGCAGGUGGGUGCUACUGAGGUGGGUGCUACUGAGGUGGGUGCUACUCAGUUGCAGAUUAGCGCUGGGCCACUGCAGCGCAGUGGGCUCUGGCUCUCUCGCUCACGUCCUCGCGAAGGGUUUUCCAGGUGCAUGUUAA